AUGCUUAGAGCUGUCGCAUCUAAACAAUUGAGAAGGGGACUAGCCACUCAAGUUAGUGGCUCUCUAGCUCCAGAAAUUAGUCAACUAUCCAAUGGUGUUGUCGUUGCAACCGAACCAAACACCUCCUCUUCUACAGCAUCUGUUGGUGUUGUCUUUGGUUCAGGUUCAUCUAGCGAAAACCCUUACAACAAUGGUAUCUCCAAUCUUCUAUCAAAGACUUACAAGAGUACCGAAAACCGUGCUAAUGCUGCAACCAAAGGUGUAGAAGUUGUCUCUAAGGUCGGUAGGGAAUACCAAUCCUACUUGGUUAACUCUCUGCCAGGUCAACUAUCUAAAUCCUUUGAUAUUCUAAAUUCGACUGUUCUAGGUAACCCAACUGGGUCUGACAAGGUAUUUGAGCAAACUAAGAGCAACGUCUUGAAACAAAUUGAACAUUUCGAAGAAACCAACCACAAGGGAAGAGUCCUAGAGCACUUGCAUGCUACAGCUUUCCAAAACACUCCUUUAUCCUUACCAAUCAGAGGUACUACUGAAUCAGUUGAUGGCUUGUUGAGGGGUGAUUUGGAAGAGUUUGUUAACCAACACUUCAUCUCAUCCAACGCUGUCAUCGUUGGUACUGGUAACAUCUCCCACCAAGAACUAUGUGAACUAGUUGAGAAGAGCUCUUUGAAGUUCAACUCAACUACCAAGGCCAAGCCAGAAGCUAACAAAAAGUCUACCUUCUUGGGUUCUGAAAUCAGAUUAAGAGACGACACCCUUCCAAAGGCUUGGAUUUCCAUUGCUGCCGAAGGUGAAGCAUUGACCUCUCCAGAUUAUUUAGUAUCCCAAGUUGCUGCCCAAGUAUUUGGUUCUUACAACGCUGCUGAACCAAACUCUAGAUUGCAAGGUAUUAAGCUCUUGGAUGAUAUUCAGGAAUACCAACUAUGUGAUGACUUUGACCAUUUCUCUUUGUCUUACAGAGAUUCCGGUCUAUGGGGUUUCGUAACCACAACACAAAAUGUUGGUUCAAUCGAUGACUUGAUGCACUUUGUUCUAAAACAAUGGAAUAGGUUAACUAUUUCAGUCACCGAGACAGAAGUCGCCCGUGGUAAGGCUAUGUUAAAAUUAAAGCUUGCUAAUGAAGCAUGUAAGAAGAACUGUCACAUUGCAUCUGAUUUGGGUAAUUUGGUACUAAAUCAAGGUGUCAAGUUCAACCAAGAUGAAAUCUUCAGAAAGAUCGAUGCAAUCACUGUUAAGGAUGUCAAGGCUUGGGCUGGUAAGAAACUAUGGGACCAAGACAUUGCCAUUGCCGGUACUGGACAAAUCGAAGGUCUAUUUGACUACAUGAGACUAAGAAACGAUAUGUCUAUGAUGAGAUGGUAG